AAUGGGAGAAUAGAACAAUUUCUGCCGUCCACCACCCUCAAAAACGAAGAUAUACGCAACCAGGAAAUUUUGCGACGAAUUGGUCGUUUAAUGGCUCAACUUCAUUUAAAGGUUCCAACGGGGAAGGUCAUACCUGAAGGUGGCGAACAUAAAUAUGUCUAUCAAGCUAACGACAACUGA